GCGACAUUUGACAACACUUCAACACAUGUACCACGUGACAUUGCGUAUAGGAAGUAAUAAGUAAAAUAUAAGUACAUAAAUUAUACAACGUGCAAAUUUCUUGGUGCACAUUCAUCCGCAAACCAUAAAAAGGUCAUUGACCGCUUCAAAUCUGAAAGCAUUUUUAAAAAAGACAAAAUUUUUUAAUUUAUAGUCUUAGGCUUUCAAAAAAGAAGAAAUAUUUCAAAGUUACAAUUUCAAACAAAGUGAUUGUAAAUAUAUGCGUGGGCCUCCUACCAAAUAGGAGUGAAAACUGUUUUGUUCAGUGGUGACGAAAGUAAUUGGUUUCAUUCUAUUCUUCCAAUAAAGUACUUUUUGUAUUGUCACACGUUGAAGUCACGUGGUUUUGUUUACGUGAAAUCUAUUUCUUAUAUGACAGAAUAUAAUUAGUAAAAACUGCAUCACAACGUCACGAGUGUCAAUUUAUAUAAAAUUUAUUUUUAUUCCUUUCAUGCUUUUAUGAUAUGAACAAGUAUUCACACGUUGAAGUAUUUUUUGUAAAUAAUUUCUUAAAAUAUUUACUAACAGUACAGAGUGGUAAAUGCAAUAAAUAAGGUUGAGAAAGGUGAUGUUUAUUUUUGCAUUUUUGAUGGUGAUCUAAUGACCUAACAGUUCAUAAAUUUGUCAAAUGUUUGCAACCAAAAUUAUUUGGUGUAUAUAAAACAAGUGGAAAUAAAAAGAGUUUAUCGCAGAGCAAUUAUUUUUGGUGAAAUCAAAGUUACGGAAAAGGCAAAAGGGUUAUGUUACCGUGCAAUCUUCGAAAAACGAAAGAACGCUUGAAGAGACGCACCAAAGCUAAAAGUGGAUGAAGCAAAUAAUUAUAAUGAGACCUGGAACGGUGUACGAUAGCCGUGAAAUUGGAAAACGAAUACGUCGCUUAGUUGACGGAAAUUAUUCGUAUCGCAAGAUUCUAAUUCUAAUUAUCAUUUGCGGCGGUAUAUUACUUUAUUUCGGCCCACCUUUUGCACAGUGGCUCUUUUCUACUACCGGAGAAUCGAUACAAGCAUUUGAGGAUUAUUGUAUGAACGAAAGAUUAGCUCCAUUUCGGUUGGAGGCUGAAGAAUAUAAUGUAAAUAUACUUCAUAAACCACCAAAGGAAAAAGAACAUCAGUAUCUGCCAUAUAUUGGCAAUGGAAUUUUUGGGAUUCCGAUUUCAUCCGAAGCUUGGGUAUACAUUAAACAAGGACGAGCAUUAUCAUUGCCAAUACAGUGGCAGCCAUUAAUUACACAUCCUUUACCCAAUGGCAAUUUUCAUACAGAAGCUACAGUUACAGAUUUUACAAAUGGAAUUGUUUAUCACUACCAGUGCCUCAGGGACAAAUAUUACACAGAAUUCCAAUAUUACGCUCAUAGAGUAUAUGAUGCCAUAAUGGUUCAAGAUAUGAAAAUAGUAAAUCCAUUUUCACUUUCUCAGAAUGUACCAUUGAAGCCUCAAGUAUCUACACAUUGGAACAAUGCUCACAUAGAAUUAAUUAAAAUUCAAGUAGAUGAUUCUAUACAUGAGUAUAAUCUAAUUUCUGGUUUUGUUCCACUGCCAAAUUCAAAUAAGAUUGUUGCUGCUUCGAUACUUUACAAAGUUCCACCAAGAAUGGUACAAGUUAAGGCAAGAAGUACUGUAAAAUUUAAAUAUUUGACAAGCAUACAAUACAGUGAACCUGUACUUAUGGAAGAAUACCAUAUCCAAUAUGAAAUAACAAAGAAGAAAGCUAUAGAGGCAAUGAAGAAAGUAGUGAAAAUUCAGCAACGAAAUUUGAAAACUAAUCAUAAUAAUCUCUGGCAAAGUUAUUGGUAUACAAGUCUUAGAAUAAGUGAUUCUAAAGCUGAUGGUGCUAUUAAUGGUCACAAAAUAAAUUCUACCCUUUAUUAUGUACUGUCCCAAGUUUCAAAGGGUGUUACGGAUGUAGAAAAGAAUGUAGCUAUGAAUGAAGGUUGUUAUCGUGGACAUCAUACUUUAGAUGCACCGCGAUUAUGGAAAGAUACGUCCACUAUUAAUGGUGUGAAUAGUAUAGUUGAAGCAUGGUUAAUUACUUUGGAAAAACAAGGAUGUCAUCAUUUAAUGACCGGUGAUCCUGCCGCUGUACAACAAGCAAUCGUGUUAAGUCUUGGGAGUCUACGGUUUAGCAAUCAGCAUCUUGAAUUUAAUAUUGAUCCACAGUAUCUUCAUCGAGAUUAUUUAUUUAGAAUUAGUUAUGGUAAUGUAACUCAUUUAAAUAUAUCAGUAACAGUUGGGGAAGACAAUCGUGCAGUUUUAGGAGUGGCUUUGGAUAAAAGUGACAGUGUAUAUUAUGGCUGUGAUGCAGGCUGUUUAGAUGCACCUAUUUCUUUAAGUCAAUCGUAUACAAAUUUUCCUGUGAAAUUAACAAAACCAUUUACAGCUAUACUGUACAUAACAUCUGAUUAUCAACAUAUGCAAGAUUUGCGAAAUGCAUUGCACGUUCAUGCGGUGGAUGAUGCUCCAGCACAUGAUCACCUUGUGAUGGCUUUGCACAAACAUGGUCAUCAGCUUGGUGGAUUGCCAACACUUUUCUGGAUUAGCAUAUGUUUUCUUAUAAUUGUAUUUCACUUAUUUCUUUGCAAACUUAUUAUUAAUGAAUAUUAUGGUCAUCAAGAUAAGCAAAAAGUUAGAUACAGUAAACUAUGAUUACUUUAUUUAACCAUUAUAUUGUGCAUAUGUAUAUAUUUGUUAUAUACAGUCAUACUUAAAUAGUA